AUGAGUGACACAAAGAAGCCGUGGGUUGAUGGCCCUUUCACAUUAAUCAGUGCGUCCAAGUCCGGCGACACGCCUGAUAAGCGAGCUGAGGGAGCUAGGAGAUGUGCCGCGGAAAUGACAGUUGUGCACAACCUUCUACUCCGAGGCGUAAAUGCCAUCUAUCUUCAAGCGGUCAACGUCGCUGCAAGAGGAACAGAAAAGGACAAAUCAGAUUUCACCAACUUUGCAUGGGCAUGGAGCCAAGAAGUGCUAGAACACCAUCACAGCGAAGAGACACAAAUCUUCCCCGAGAUCAACAGACUUGCUGGAGUACCAGGCCUGAUGGACGCCAACAUUGAAGAACAUCACUUGUUCCACACGGGACUCGAGGACUAUACGGCGUAUGUUGACAAAGUACGCAAAGGAGAGGAGGAACUAGACGGCGAAAAGCUCAAGAGUAUCAUCGACUCGUUCAUGCCCACUCUGAGAACGCACUUGGAGAACGAAAUCGAUACCCUAGUCGGUCUGGAAAAGUACGCCGACAAGUGCGACUGGGGAGCGUGGUUCGACAAAGUGGCAGCUGACUUGGGCGCCCAAGGAAUGAAGAGUGCAUCUCACCGCAAUGAGAUCUUGCCUUUGGCUAUGGUCCUUCACGAUAAGACGUUUGAAGGUGGGCUUUGGAGUGCUUUCCCACCGCUUCCUUGGAUCGCCAUGGUGGCAAUCCGUUGGUUGUUUGUUAGAACGAAUCAGGAUUGGUGGAGGUUCUCGGGAUGUGAUUCCACGUCGAUGCCACAGGAGCUGCCGUUUGCCUAG